UAUCCAGUAUGGCUUGCUUGUCUCCCCCCAUCUUCUCUCCUCCACCACCCCACAUAUUGGAGGAUCCGAACUCAUCCCAAAAGCCCAUAGAAGAGUGGCUUUUCUGUUCUCUCAAAUCUCCCAGAACCCUACCCCAACUCAAAGCCCUCCAUGCCCAUAUUUACAAGAACGGCCUCACCGGCAACGAUCUUGUUUCUGGGCAGCUCCUCUUGUGCUGCUCCCUCUCCAAUUCCAUGUACUACGCUCGUCAAAUCUUUGAUGUGAUCCCUCAACCCAAGCUCUUCUUCUACAAUGCCAUGAUCAAAGGGUACUCCCAAACAGGAGCCCAUGACGAAGCUCUACGCCUCUAUUCCAUCAUGCGUGCUCGCUCUGUCCCUUGUGAUUCUUUCACAUUUCCUGUUGUUCUAAGGUCAGCUUCUAGCCUAGCCAAUAUCGAUGUCGGAGAAGAGUUGCACGGGCUAAUCACCAAAACAGAUUUUGAUUCGAGGGUGAUUGUGAGGACCGCACUUAUUGACAUGUACUGUGCUUGUGGUCUCUCCGAUUGCGGGCGCCUAGUUUUCGAUAGAACGAGAGAUAGAGAUGUGAUUUGUUGGAAUACCAUGAUUGCUGGGUACGUUAAAUGCGGUGAGUUUAGUAGCGCCAGGCAGCUUUUUGAUCGGAUGCCCGAAAAGAACGUUUCGUCCUGGAACACUCUGAUCGAUAUGUAUUGUAAGUGCGGGAACAUAGGCACCGCACACCGAUUGUUUGAUGAAAUGCCGGAGAGAGACCUUAUCUCGUGGAACUCAUUGCUCUCAGGCUAUUCCAAAGUUGGACAGUAUGAGGCCGCGAGAAGACUCUUUGAUGAGAUGCCACAGAGAAAUGUUGUGUCAUGGAAUGUAGUGAUAACUUGUUAUGUGCAUAACCGAUUAUUCACAGAAGCACUGGAGUUGUUCAGAAUGAUGCAAGUCGCGGAUACCAAGCCCAAUGAGGUAACAGUAGUUGGAGUGCUUCCAGCAUGCGCUCAUCUUGGGGCCUUGGACGUGGGGCAGUGGAUCCAUGCUUAUAUUCGUAAGCUUCAAAUCAAGAUGGAUGUUUACGUCAAUACAGCGCUGAUAGAUAUGUAUGGCAAAUGUGGAGGGUUGGACGAUGCGCAGCGAGUUUUUGAUGAAGCCAUCGAGAAGGAUACCUUCUUGUGCAGCACAAUGAUUGAGGUAAUGGCAAUGCACGGGAAGGCAGAGGAGGCAUUUAGGGUUUUCACUUACAUGACAAGCACAGGGAUCAAACCCAAUGAUGUCACAUUUGUUGGGCUAUUGAAGGCUUGUAGCCAUGUGGGUUUGGUAGAUUAUGGAAGAAAAUACUUUGAAAUGAUGAAUGCAGCAUUUGGAUUGAUGCCAAAAAUGGAGCAUUUCGGCUGUAUGGUUGAUCUUCUUGGUCGUGCAGGGUUCUUGGAAGAGGCUCAUGAACUUGUGAAAAGUAUGCCAAUGGAGCCCCAUCCGGUAGUGUGGGCGACAUUGCUUAGCUCUUGUAGGAUUCAUGGCAAUGUCAAGCUAGCUGAACAAGUAGCAAUCCGGCUUAUAGAAUUAGACCCUCAAAGUGCUGAGAACUACGUGUUAUUGUCAAACAUAUACUCUCAGGUUGGAAGAUGGAAUGAAGCAGCAAAAUUGCGGAAGAUGAUGAAGGAAAGGGGGGUGAUUAAGAAGCCUGGAUGCAGUUCGAUUGAGGUGAACAAUGAUGUCUAUGAAUUCUUUGCUGGAGACCGAGAUCACUCUCGUUGCAAAGAGAUAUAUGAAAUGUUGGACCAGAUGGCUUCACGAUUAAAGACUGAAGGAUAUAUACCCCAGACGUCAGCUGCUUUGCAUGAUGUCGACUUGGAUGAGAAGGAGCAAGCACUUCUAUACCAUAGUGAGAAGUUGGCUGUUGCUUUUGGACUUCUUAGUACUCAUCACAGAACUCCAAUUCGGAUUGUUAAGAAUCUACGUGUCUGCGACGAUUGCCAUCUUUUCAUGAAGAUGGUCUCUAAGUAUUAUAAAAGGACUAUAAUUGCAAGAGAUUGCAACCGUUUCCAUCAUUUCAGUGAGGGCUCUUGUUCUUGUUCUGAUUUUUGGUAAUUGUGUAUCUGCUUCCAGUGUAAAAAAAAU